AUGGCAUCAUUAAGAAGCCAAACGUAUCAAGAGGAACUAUUUUUGAUGGUAGAAGAGCCGAAUUAUUAUAAACAACGGGGUGACAUUGCUACAAUUUAUUCUGGAAAGAAAAUUUUUAUAACAGGAGGCUUAGGAUUUAUAGGAAGGCUUAUAAUGGAAAAACUUUUGAGAUGUUGUCCAGAAGUAACAACGAUUUAUUUCCUGAUAAGAGUAAAGAAACAGAAGGAUCCGCAAACUCGAUUUAAAGAAUAUUUCAAUGAUAUUUGCAGCAUCCGCACGAGUUAAGUAGUCGAGAAA